AGGGUUUUGGCAUUUGUGCAGAAUCGCGGCAGAGAGGAAAGCGUAACCCUAGAGCGGAGGAAGAUGGUGAAGUUCCUGAAGCCAAACAAGGCGGUGAUCGUCCUGCAGGGCCGUUAUGCAGGGCGGAAGGCGGUGAUCGUCAGGACCUUCGACGACGGAACCAGGGAGCGCCCCUACGGCCACUGUCUGGUCGCCGGAAUCAAGAAGUACCCCAGCAAGGUCAUCAAGAAAGACUCCGCCAAGAAGACGGCGAAGAAAUCGAGGGUGAAGGCUUUUGUGAAGCUGGUGAACUAUCAGCACCUCAUGCCCACGCGCUACACGCUGGACGUGGAUCUCAAGGACGCCGUCAACCCCGACGUCCUCUCCUCCAAGUACAAGAAGGUCACCGCUCUCAAGGAGACCAAGAAGCGCCUCGAGGAGAGGUUCAAGACCGGCAAGAACAGGUGGUUCUUUACCAAACUCAGAUUCUGAUCACCUCCACAUUUUUUCUUAAGCCUUUUGCGAUCUUACUUUUUUCCCAAUGUAUUCGAAGAUCUUAUGAGAUAAUAUUUUGGGUUUUUUAAUUAAUUUCUGAUCAGCAUUUUGUUUAUUAUAGUAAAGGAUUUUUGAUAGACGUCUCUGUUCAAUUGAAAAUUUUCUGGCUUGUUUUAUAA